GCAGUCCCUCGCUCCACCCCUCUAGCGGAGGCCUACGGUUGUGCAAGGGGUUGGGAACCAGGGUGCGGGUGCGGACUCGGUGUUUGCACUCGGACGGAAGCUAGGGGCAGGAGCAAUGGUGCUCCAUUUGGUGCCCAGAUGGUCUGCAAGGCUCUUCAGGGCAUCUCCAAGAUGGAAGAAGACCUACACCCAGAGAGCUUCUGCGCAGUUGAAGUGGCUGGGUUGCCCUCGGAGUGUGUACAGCCCCUUGGCUUGCAGAGCAUACUCCAAGGUCUCUGGCAGCCCUGAGGUGAUGCUGACCCCUGAGCGAUACCCAGUGCAACGGCUGCCGUUUUCUACCGUGUCAGAGGAGGACCUGGCUGCAUUUGAAUGCAUCAUACCUGGCAGAGUUAUCACAGAUCCAGAGCAACUGCAGACUUGCAAUGUGGACUGGCUGAGGACCGUGCGGGGCUGUAGUAAGGUGCUGCUGAGACCCCAGACCUCAGAGGAAGUCUCCCAGAUUCUUAGGCACUGCUAUAAGAGGAACUUGGCCGUGAACCCACAGGGCGGGAACACUGGCAUGGUGGGUGGCAGUGUCCCUGUCUUUGAUGAAGUCAUCCUGUCCACUGCCCUCAUGAAUCAAGUCAUCAGCUUUCAUGAUGUGUCUGGAAUUCUGGUUUGCCAGGCGGGCUGCGUGCUGGAGGAGCUGAACAGGUACGUGCAGGAGCGGGACUUCAUCAUGCCACUGGACUUGGGAGCAAAGGGCAGCUGCCACAUUGGGGGUAAUGUCGCAACGAACGCUGGGGGUCUGCGGUUUCUGCGGUACGGCUCUCUUCGAGGGACUGUCCUGGGCCUGGAAGUGGUACUCGCUGAUGGAACCAUCCUGAACUGCCUGACCUCUCUGAGGAAGGACAACACUGGCUAUGACCUGAAGCAGAUGUUCAUUGGGUCAGAGGGCACCCUGGGAGUCAUCACUGCUGUAUCCAUCGUGUGCCCGCCGAGGCCCAAGGCUGUGAAUGUGGCUUUCCUUGGCUGCCCUGGGUUUACUGAGGUUCUGCAGACCUUCCGCACCUGCAAGGGGCAACUGGGCGAGAUCCUGUCUGCGUUUGAGUUUAUGGAUGCCGAAUGCAUGCAGUUGGUUGGACAGCACCUCCACCUGAUCAACCCAGUACAAGAGAGUCCAUUCUAUGUCCUGGUUGAGACCUCAGGCUCCAGUGCCGGGCAUGAUGCCGAGAAACUGACCAACGUCCUGGAGCAGGUGCUGAACUCUGGCCUGGUGAUCGAUGGCACUAUGGCCACCGACCAGAGGAAAGUCCAGAUGCUGUGGGCCUUGCGGGAAAGGAUCACAGAGGCACUCAGUCGUGACGGCUACGUGUUCAAGUAUGACUUAUCCCUCCCCGUGGAGCGGCUCUAUGACCUUGUGAUCGACCUGCGCACCCGCCUUGGCCCUCGAGCCAAGCAUGUGGUGGGAUAUGGGCACUUGGGGGAUGGCAACCUUCACCUGAACGUGACAGCAGAGGCCUUUAGCCAGGAGCUGCUUGGUGCCUUGGAGCCUUAUGUGUACGCCUGGACAGCAGAACAGCGGGGCAGCGUCAGUGCCGAGCACGGCCUGGGCUUCAAGAAGAAGAAUGUACUCGGCUAUAGCAAGCCACUUGUGGCUGUGAGGCUUAUGCAACAGCUCAAGGCCAUGCUGGACCCCAAAGGCAUCCUGAACCCCUAUAAGACUCUACCUGCUCGGGCCUAACUGGAGCUUUUCAGCUUCUUGUGCAAGAGGCUAGGACCUUGGGCAUGCAGGCUUGGUGGGUCCUGGAGGCCUCCCAGCUGAUGGCCUGUGCAGUAGACCCUCUGGGCUCGACUGCCUUUCUGUGAGGAUGAGCAGAGAGCAGAUAGAGCUGCCCAGCCCUUCUCUGGUCUCCUACCAGCUCAUGGUGGACGGAAUAAGUGGGUGGGGGGUUGCCCCACUCCCAAACAAGCCAGAUCUCACCUGCUUUGUGGUGGUCUGUGGAGACCUGAUGCAUCUCUGUAGCGUGUCAUUUUAAAAACACACUACCUUGUCUGCUGCUGCAGCCCGUGCUCUAAGCUAGGCUCAGGGAUCAGUCACCGCUGGUCUCACUUAGCUGCACCAACGGCCUGGCCAUUUUUCCUGGGAGCCUCGAUUGUUCCCCGAGACCCUCAUGGCCAGCUUAGCCAAGCUGCCAACAACUGUCCUGGCCGCCUUCUUUCUCCUCCUGCCCACUUUACUGCCGUGGGUGGAAAACACUAGACAGUUUUAUUAUUUUAAAACUGGCCAGAUAACUCAAUGACUGGGUGAAGAAUUUCCUGCCCCAAUCUUAUCAACUAGAUCCCUUCAUCCUCCUUGGCCCCUGCUCAACAUGGAGGCUGCAAACUCUAGGAUCCCCAAGACCUACAGGUCUGCAGCUUCCUACUCGCCUGGGCUGAAUUCCUCUUUCUUUGCGUCCCUUCUCUUCCUCCUGGGUCCCGGAAGUCCCGUCUUUUCUCCUUCUCCCAAAAAUUGGCUUCUGCCUCCUUUAUUGACACAAUCGAGAGCCAAUUAGGGAAUCAAUACCUCUCCCUACACAUCUCUGGAAGAGUGCCACGUGGUCUCUUGGAUGGAUCUUCCUAGAUGGUGCCGUGUGGCGUGUACCCUGUGAGGGCUGCAGCCCCAGAUCAGUUACCAUGAUGACCCAGAACACCACAGCUCAUUCCCAUGAGUGGAAUUCGCUGUCCUAUCAAGCAGGCCUUGGAUUGGUAACUGUGGUCCACCUGACCAGGUCAUUCCCUUGGGUUUUGUCCAUUUUUGGGCAGGGUCUCUCCACAUAGCCCUGGCUGUUCAGGAACUUACGAUGUAGACCAGAUUGACCUUUAUCUCAUAGUGAUCUGCCGUGCCUCUGCUUUCCCUUCUGAACCCUGAGCGCUGGGAUUAAAGGCAAGGGCCGCUACACCCAGCUUGCCUUGCUCUUGAAGACCUGUUUGGUUGGUCAGCAGGUGCAGACAUUGCCUGCAGAGCCUGACCUUUCAGGAUAUGGGGGUCAGUCCCCCAACUGAAUCGAUUCAUGGAUUCAGUCAUGGGAGUAUCAUCCUCUAGGAUUUGACCUGUCAAACGAUCUGGGGUUCCGGCCGUCUGGGAGGUUGAAUACACCUACCGUGACUUUUCUUUUCUUUUUUCUGUUAUCAGUUUUCAGAAAAAAAUUGAACUACGACCUGGAAGAGAGCAAGAGGAAGCAAGAGCAAGAGAGUGAGGGGGUGGGGCGAGCAGCACCGUUUAUGUUUAUAGUGUCAGGGGUACCUGGCUGUUGCCAGGUAACCGUGGGGUACAGCUUAGACAGAAAGCUAACUUUCCCCCUGUUUUGGCUUCUGCUGCUAGAAAAUUACUCACAUAAAGCUAAUUGCAAAGUU